CAGUAAGAAUGAGAGGACGGACAGCUAUUCUCGGACUUUUUCUGGUCAUGCUUCCAGACCUCAGUCUGGCCACUGACUGUCCGGAUGGCUGGAUGGCGUACAACGCUUCAUGCUACCUGUUCGCACACGACAGUAUGCACUACGUCGAGGCAGAGAAAUUCUGCGAGCAUCUUUAUUCUCACCUGGUACGUAUCGACACACAGGAAGAAAACAUUUUUCUGUCCAGCUUUCUGGCCAACAUCAAAGAUCCCUACCACUGGAUUGGACUGACCGAUGACGUCAUUGAGGGUCUGUGGAAGUGGCACGAUACGGACCAGGUCGCGACGUUUACGAACUGGUAUCCCGGGCAACCGGAUGGGCAUAGGAACGCGAACUGUGCCAGCAUUCGCGCCGCUUUAAAGUUCAAAUGGACCGACCAGGGCUGCCAGGAGAGCUACAAACCUCUCUGCGAGAAAGCGUCAGUAUAUUAA